AUGCGGACGCGCCACCGCGCUCUAAUUAUUAAGUACACGCGCCGCGGCGUCUACCGCUUGUUCGCCGUUAAGCGGGCUGACGAAGUGAACAAGCGGCUGCGCCGCGCGGCGCCGCGGCGGUCCGCUCGCGUGCGUGGUCGCCGGCUUUCUGCCGGCCGGGCAGCGCAGCGCCGGAGCGCCGCCGCCCCCGGCCCCGCCGCCGCCGCCACCGCCCGCGCCGCCCCCGCGCGCGCGACGCGCCUCCCCACCUCUCCGCCACCCCUCCGGCGCCCGCCGCCGCCGCCGCCACCCCCUCUCCCCUACCCGGCGGCGCCCCCUGCCACCCAGCGGCGCUCGGCUGCGUCCGCCACCCCCGGCUCGGGCGCGUUCGGCACCCUUCGGCGCCCCCGGACCACAGCGGCGCGACGCCGAGCGCCAGAGUGGUGGCAGUCGCGGAACAGUGAGCAGCAGCACAGCCGGCGCACCGCACCUCCGCGACCGACGGCCAACUGCGCAUCACCUCAGCCGCACAACUCCACACCGCCCCCCGCUCUCUCUCUCACGUUCGUACACACGUUCACUGAAACACCUGCUGCGACGAUGACGCCGGUGCGGUCGGCCGUGCAGUGA